AUGGCCAUGUUCCGCAGCCUGGUGGCGUCGGCGCAGCAGCGGCAGCACCCCCCGGCCGGAGCCCCUGCCAGCGCCCCGCAGCCCCCGGCCGGGCCCGGCGCCGGCGGCGAGAGCGGCUUGGAGGCCCAGUACAGCUGCCCCAUCUGCCUGGAGGUCUACCACCGGCCCGUGGCCAUCGGCAGCUGCGGACACACAUUCUGUGGGGAGUGUUUGCAGCCAUGCCUCCAGGUGCCAUCUCCACUCUGCCCACUCUGCCGAAUGCCCUUUGACCCAAAGAAAGUGGACAAAGCCUCCAAUGUGGAAAAGCAGCUGUCAUCCUACAAGGCUCCAUGCCGGGGCUGCAGCAAGAAGGUGACUCUUGCAAAGAUGAGGUCACACAUUUCUUCCUGCAUGAAGGUCCAAGAGCAGAUGGCCAACUGUCCCAAGUUUGUCCCAGUAGUGCCAACAUCCCAGCCCAUUCCCAGCAAUAUCCCAAACAGAUCCACCUUUGUGUGUCCGUACUGUGGAGCCCGUAAUCUGGACCAGCAGGAGCUGGUGAAGCACUGCAUGGAGAAUCAUCGCAACGACCCCAACCGAGUGGUAUGCCCCAUCUGUUCAGCCAUGCCCUGGGGCGACCCCAGCUACAAGAGCGCCAACUUCCUGCAGCACCUCCUGCAUCGACACAAAUUCUCCUAUGACACCUUUGUGGGAAGUGAAGACGUUAUUGGCAGCAGCUGCAGCUCCCAGGCUGGGGGUCUUUGCAGACACAGCUCCAGGCACACUUGGUACAUUCUCCUGGGCAGCAGGAGCAGCAGCUCUUCUUGCUGGAGGCACACGGGCAUGAUUGGCAUUUGCAGGAGCCUGCCCAGGUGCAAGAGCCACCAUUCUCGCAGGACUACAACAUCGACGAAGAGGCUGCAUUUCAGGCCGCCCUGGCACUGUCCCUUUCUGAGAACUGAAGGCAGCCCUGGCUGGGCCCGAAUCCAAAUCUGGGGUCAAAAGUCACCUUUUCCACAUGGAGGGACAAGAGGCUUGCUCAUUCUUCAGCAUUCCCUAGCAGUUAGGCCUCCCUGUCACCUUUAUUUGAAUUGCACCUUUUUUAAUAAGGUGGAAUCUUUAUUCCUUGCACAAGGAGAGCAGGCCAACCCCAGGGGUCAAUCCUCAGUGCCCUCCCUCGGGUAGGAAAAGAUUGCACCUUUUACCAGUUCAAAGGUUGGUCUAAGUGAGGACUUUCACCUCUCAUCUGGGUAAAGUAAAAAACUGGUUUGUUUGGUGUUUGGAGACCCAGGCGGUCCCUAGAGGGCAGCUGAGUAGAGGGAGGGAUGUCCGACUGCUAAAUUGGAGCAUCGAGUUGUCUUUUUUUUCUAAGCAAUGGUUUGGCUUUCAUGCUUAAAAAUUCUGUUACUGCUGAUCCAGACAGGUUAGACUUGAAGGGAGUGGAGAGGUGGGAGAGACUGGAAGAGAAACUUAGCUGAAGACCUGAACGGGAGCCCCAUCCUAAUAUCUUGGCAGUCAGUAAAGUUUCCGCCUUGCUCAUUUGGUACCAGCUUUUGUGAUACUUAGAGAUUCUGGCAUUUUUCUAUAUUAACCAGUGUGAUAACCUUUUCACAUUUUAUAGAGCGAGGAAAAAGCAGUUACUCUUCUUCAUAUUGCAAUAUCUGUGUUUGACUAGGAACAAUAGUAUUUUUAUGGAACAUUUAAAAAAAUUAUAUUUUUUAAAAAAAAUCAAAAACAAACCUAGUUACAGGAUCAGCAUAGGGGGAUGAUAGGGAACCUGGGGAAGCCAGAACCCAAACUGAAAUUAAGAGAAAUUUUUCCACUUGUGCUUGUGUGAUUUUGAGGUGGCCACGUUCAUUAGAUUAUUUCUAUAUUUUUAAGGUUUUCGUUGUGUCUGUUUACCUUUUGCUAAUAAAAGAGACUUCCAGCCCCUUGUGCAAGCAGUGAUGCCACUGGGGUGUCGGGUUCCAGGGCCCAGAUGGAUUUACACAGUGGAAACAGCAGAGUUGCUCCCAGGCUUAGAAGACUAGACCGGAAGGGCCCUUUUUAUCACCUUUCCAAAGAGAUGACUGGAAUUCACUCCUCAGGCAGAGGCUUGGGGGACAGCCUCACCGAAGGACAGGGUCUCAGGCCCUCUAGCAUCCCACAGAUCCAGGCAAGGGGAGCAGUGUGGAGCCAUGGACCAUCUUCUCCGGCCAGUACUUAUGCUCAUCAAUGGGGUUUGGGAAGAAGGUUGUUCAGCUUUCUGGUUUGUUUAAUGAUAUAAAUUAUUGUUGUCUUUUUUUAAAAAUAAAAUAAAAAGUUUCAGAGCAUCUACA